AUCUCUCCCAGUACUCUUAUAUCCUUCGGAACUUCAUACACAUUGGACGAUCUCGUUUCCUCUUAACUGCUCCCACAACCCUUUGGCGUCGGUCAAGCUUUACUUACAGAGUAACUCCUCUUUGUUCUCGUAUCUUCUUAAAUACCAAGCGCCCUAAUUCUCCCGUUAGCUGUCACUUCCUUUGUACUCCUCUAACGCAUAUUGGUGACGAUUAUUGCAUGUGAUCGCCUCACUCUCUUAUUGUAAAGGUCGUUUUAUUCCACCUUGGAAGACUCGAGCACAAUCGGAAGAUAUACAGAAUAGAAACAGGGCGCAAGCCCAAAGUUAGGAAUACACAAUGGCGACUAAAGUGGGAGGAAAAGAUGGCAAGGCGCCGCCGACGGCAGCCACGAAUUUGAUCGCUGGUGGAGGGGCAGGAAUGAUGGAGGCUCUCGUAUGCCACCCUCUCGACACCAUAAAAGUCCGCAUGCAACUCUCCCGCCGCGCCCGCCAACCCGGCGCCCCCAAACGGGGCUUCAUCCGCACCGGCAGCGAGAUCGUAAAGCGGGAAACGCCCCUCGGUCUCUACAAAGGGCUCGGCGCCGUGCUCACGGGCAUCGUGCCCAAAAUGGCGAUCCGCUUCACCUCCUUCGAAGCCUACAAGCAAAUGCUCGCGGACUCGGAAACAAAAACGAUAACAGGCCGGGGCACCUUCCUCGCGGGUCUAGCCGCAGGCGUAACCGAAGCCGUGGCCGUAGUCACCCCCAUGGAAGUCGUCAAGAUCCGGCUGCAGGCGCAACACCACAGCAUGGCGGACCCGCUCGACAUCCCGAAGUACCGCAACGCGGCGCACGCGCUGUACACUGUUGUCAAGGAAGAGGGGGUCGGCGCGCUGUACCGCGGGGUCAGUCUCACGGCGCUGAGACAGGGCAGCAAUCAGGCGGUGAAUUUCACGGCGUAUACGUAUUUCAAGGAGGCGUUGCUGCGCUGGAGGGAGGAGGGGGGGAGGGGGUCGGGACAGUUGCCGAGUUGGCAGACUACGGUUAUUGGGCUUGUGAGCGGUGCGAUGGGACCGCUGAGUAAUGCCCCGAUUGAUACGAUUAAGACCCGUUUGCAGAAGACGCCGGCUGAGGAGGGGGUUUCGGCUUUUAGGAGGAUUAGUGUUAUUGCUGGGGAGAUGUUUAAGCAAGAAGGUGUUCAUGCGUUCUACAAGGGGAUUACGCCUCGGAUCAUGCGUGUUGCGCCCGGUCAGGCUGUCACGUUCACGGUGUACGAGUAUCUGAAGGAUAAGUUGGAGAAGAGUGGCCCGAGUGUUAUAUCGGGAAGUAGGUACGAGGAGUAAAUUUAGGGGGAAUUAGUUUCGGGAUUUUGGAGGCAGAGGAUCUAGGAUUGGGGAGGUUCAUGUUGGAUAUACCUAAGUGGUUGCUUGUAUCUUGUUCGCGUGU